UCUUCGUAUCCGUUUGUGUACUUUCUCUGUUCAUUCACCUUUUUCUUUUCGCAAACAUUUCAAAUUUCAAAACACUUCUUCUACUUUUUCUUCUGCUUCUCGUUAUAUCUUAAUUAAGGCAAGCAACAACACCAGCUUCAAACUCAAACUCACUUCAAAGUCCGCUUGGCGUUACCACCUUGUCCUUUUCAAAAAACGGUUCUUUUCUCAAAUGGGUGGUUCUGGGAGAUGGCUUAAGUCGCUCAUUUCUCUCAGGAAGCCCUCCGCAACUGAUCAAGAGAAGGGUGGUGACAAGAGUAAGAGAAAGUGGAAGUUAUGGAGGGGCACUUCAGAAGGGUUUGGGAUUGGAUCAUCCAUGCAGAAGGGGCAGAGUGGUGGUGGGUCCUUUGUGGUGGAUGAUGGGGCAUUUGCUGCUGCUUUGGCUGCUGUGGUAAGAACUCCACUCAAAGACUUCAUGGUCAUCAAGCAGGAAUGGGCUGCCAUUCGAAUACAGGCAGUGUUUCGUGGUUUCUUGGCAAGACGAGCUUUGAGGGCCCUGAGAGCAGUGGUGAGGUUGCAAGCUAUAUUUCGUGGUUGGCAAGUGAGGAAGCAAGCAGCUGUUACUCUAAGAUGCAUGCAGGCUCUUGUGCGAGUUCAAGCACGUGUCAAGGCAAGGAAUGUGGGGAAAGCUGUCAGUGAGCCCUGCAAUGAAGCUGACCCUGUUCAGCAAGCUGAGCAAGGAUGGUGUAACAUUCCAGGAACUGCGGAAGAAGUUAAGGCAAAAUUACAGAUGAGGCUGGAAGGAUCAAUUAAGAGGGAUAGGACAAAGGCAUACUCUCAGUCUAAGCAGAAAUCAACAGUGAGUGCUAGUCCAAACUCAAAAGGUGCUAGGGCAGUGAUUCCUCCUCUCAAGCACCGCAGUCUAGAUAGUAAGAGCUCAGGAUGGGGCAUGUUAGAUCGCUGGAUGGCUGCAAAACCAUGGGAGAGCAGGUCGAUGGUAGACAUGUAUUUGGACUCAUCUGACAUGAUUCCAGCAGUUACUAGUAAAAGUGAUCAUUUUGUUCUUCCCUUGAAUUCUGAUCAACAAAAUGGCUCAGUCAAAGCAAGAAGGAAUGGUGUGACAACCAGGAUUUCAUCUAAGUCACUUACGACUAGUCAAUCAACUCCAUCAUCUUCAUCCAUAAGCUCUGAAUGCAUGUAUGAUGAUAGCCCUUUGUCAACUUCAUGCACAUCUGAAUCACCACCUGUGCCAUCUACCAACAAUGUUAUAGUGGACACAACAGAGGAAGGAAAUGUUUGUAAACCAAGCUACAUGAAUCUGACAGCAUCGACAAAAGCUAAACUGAAACCCUAUAGGUGUUUUUCUCAGAAUUCUAAGAGAAUUUUUAUGGAUGAUUGUGUGUCACUUAGCGGAGUUACUAGAAGCAGUUCUGGUUCCUAUCCUUCUGCUAAUAUGUGGAAGAAUAUCUAUGCAACACCUUUAAGGACACGUUAUCAAAAGCAAUAUACAAUGGAAGAUAAGUAGUUGCUUUGCCAUGAGCCCAUCAAUGAGCCCAACAGCUUGUUGUUCAUUUUAAUGUCUUCAGAUGAAUGUGUGUCCGAGUUCACAGAUAAUUACUAAUUGAUAGUGUAGAUAACACAACUAGUGUUUUGGUGUGAAAAUGCAAGACACCCUGUUUCAAUUUGUAAGGUCGUUUUACGGCAAUUUAAGAAAAGUAUCUCUUUGUUUUGGGAUAUAUUCAUGUUAGUUUUGAAGGAACAUUUAUAAUUAUUUCACUCUAAGUUGUACUGUCAGAAAGACUGUAGUACAAAAUAUGAGCUUUAAGAAGAGACACUGUUCUGGCUUUAAUAUUAUGUGAAAAACAUGCACGGGUGCAUGUUUGUAUGUUAAAUUCAUAAGCAAGUGGAUUUUGAGGGAUGA